AUGCAGCCACAUUCAUCCAAAAGACAUCUCACGCUUGACGGGACCGACUUCCACUAUAUCUCGUCAGGCAACCAGCAGGGCCGUCUCGCUGUCUUAUUACAUGGGCUAGGCGGCUCAACAGAAACAUUUCGAGACCUGCUACCCUCCAUACCGUCCAGCUAUCACAUCGUCAGCAUAGACGUCGAAGGAUUCGGGAAGACACCUCUCAACGAGGGAAAGCCUCUGUCGUUUGCACGCUAUGUCUCCGACUUACACGAUCUCAUCACACAUGUUCAGGAACAUCCUUCAACCUCGACGGCAGAAACGAGGAACGGUGCCAGCAGCAACAGCAGCACAGAACCCGUCCUCCUUGUCGGCCACUCACUUGGCGGCAUCAUCGCCUUACACUAUGCUACCCUGUACCCCGCCGAAGUGGCAGGACUUUUACUUCUGGGGCCAGGUCGUUCCGUGAGAAGUAUUCCGCCGGCACAACAGCGCAUGCGAGAUCUUGCGAAAACAGCGCGCGAGAAAGGUAUGGAUCAGGUUGGGCAGAUCGCUGUCAAGACGAAUUUCCCAGCGGAUCGCGCCAACGACGGCGCCCACGAACAGCAGGUGCUCGGCGCAGUGGCCUCUUGCUCUGCUGAAGCGUAUGCGGCCACGGCAGAGUUGGUCGCCAGCGAUGAUCACCAUGACCCCGAUUACAGUCUCAUCAGGUGUCCUGCUGUCUUUGUGGCUGGUGACAAGGACAUGAUUAGCCCACCGCAGAGGUCAAAGGAUAUCAGUAGUUUGGUCGGAGGGCCUUCUGAAGUUGUGGUGGUCAAAAGCGGUCAUCAGAUGAUUCUGCAGGAUAUUGAGGGAGUGGCAAAGGCGCUCGACAAGUUACUGGCGAUGCUGUGA